UUCUUUACCUCUAAGUCGAAUGGCUUCUUCUAAUCAUAAUAAUGGCGUUGGCAUAUAUGGUUAAGAUUAAGAGAAAAGGAAUAUCAGAUUCACAAAUAUGCUUUUCUUGAGUUGAAGAGUUCAAGGAGAGUAAAGGUUUUCUGAGAUGGGUUUUGUGAGUACGAUUUUGGGUUUUUGUGGAUUUGGAGUUGGGGUUUCAUGUGGAUUGACGAUCGGUUACUAUCUGUUCAUCUAUUUCCAGCCCUGUGAUGUUAAGGACCCUGUUAUUCGUCCAUUGGUUGAGCGAGAUUCUAAAAGCUUGCAGCAGUUGCUGUCUGAAAUUCCUCUCUGGGUCAAAUGUCCGGAUUAUGACCGUGUGGACUGGCUCAACAAAUUUCUUGAGUAUAUGUGGCCUUACCUGGACAAGGCAAUUUGCAGGACUGCAAAAGAUAUUGCAGCACCAAUUAUUGCUGAACAAAUACCAAAGUAUAAAAUUGAUUCUGUUGAAUUUGAAACACUAACUUUGGGGUCCUUACCUCCUACUUUCCAGGGGAUGAAGGUUUAUGUUACUGAAGAAAAAGAAUUGAUCAUGGAACCAUCAAUAAAGUGGGCUGGAAAUCCUAAUGUUACUGUUGCGGUCAAAGCAUUCGGAUUGAAAGCAACUGUUCAGGUUGUGGACUUGCAGGUUUUUGCAGCUCCACGUAUUACUCUAAAGCCUCUGGUUCCAAGCUUUCCAUGUUUUGCCAAUAUCUUUGUGUCCCUCAUGGAAAAGCCACAUGUUGACUUUGGAUUGAAGCUUUUGGGGGCUGAUCUUAUGUCCAUCCCUGGCCUGUACAGGUUUGUCCAGGAGACCAUUAAAGAUCAGGUUGCUAACAUGUAUCUUUGGCCUAAAACUCUAGAAGUGCAGAUAUUGGAUCCAUCCAAAGCAAUGAAAAAACCUGUUGGGGUCCUGCAUGUGAAGAUUCUGAGGGCAAUGAAUCUGAAAAAGAAAGAUCUAUUGGGUGCAUCUGAUCCUUACGUAAAACUUAAGCUCACUGAGUCAAAACUUCCUUCAAAGAAAACCCCUGUAAGGCAUAAGAAUUUAAAUCCAGAGUGGAAUGAGGAAUUUAAUAUGGUUGUUAAAGAUCCAGAAUCGCAAGCAUUGGAGCUCUCUGUUUAUGAUUGGGAGCAGGUAAACUUUCUAGUUCCACGAUACACAUUCAUUUUUUGGUUCCCUCUUUGUGCUAUCUCAAACUUCACCCCGUUCUUUAUUCAGAUUGGCAAGCAUGAUAAGAUGGGCAUGAACGUUAUUCCACUGAAAGAUUUGACUCCUGAUGAAUCAAAAACGAUGACACUGAAUCUCCUAAAGAAUAUGGAUGCGAAUGAUGCUCAAAAUGAUAAGGACCGUGGUCAGAUCAUGGUGGAAUUAACCUACAAACCAUUUAAGGAGGAUGAGUUGCCGAAAGAUUUUGAAGAUAAUGAUGCAGCACAUAAGGUUCCAGAAGGAACGCCACCAGGGGGAGGCGUCCUUAUGAUUAUUGUCCACGAAGCCCAAGAUGUUGAAGGAAAGCACCAUACUAAUCCAUAUGUCAAGAUUCUUUUCAAAGGAGAGGAGAGAAAAACUAAGCAAGUCAAGAAGAACAGGGAUCCAAGAUGGGGAGAGGAGUUUACUUUUGUGUUGGAGGAGCCUCCUGUGAAUGAUAGGCUGCAUAUGGAAGUUGUCAGCACCUCUACAAGGAUUGGCCUAUUGCAUCCUAAGGAGACAUUGGGUUAUGUUGAUAUAAAUCUUUCCGAUGUUGUUAGUAACAAAAGGAUCAAUGAAAAGUACCACCUCAUUGAUUCAAAGAACGGCCGCCUUCAAGUUGAGCUGCAAUGGCAAACUGCUUCUUGAGCUAAUUGCAACUUCCAUGCCUGAAAACUUUUUCUUUUUCUUAUGUUUUGGGUUUUCCUGAUUCUUCUUUUCAUGAUGGAUGUUUGAGGAGUGAAAACAUAAAUAUUUCUUUUUUCAAUUCUUAAGCUGGAAUAAUCUCUGCAAUUGUUUGUACAUUAGUACAUAACAAC